CCACCAGUACAAACUUGUUUUUAGUUAUAUGUUCUUAUUACAACAGAUCUUCAUUUUUUACACCCAACUGAUCAUAACAGAUCAUUUCUACAUAGCUUUUAGUCUGCUAUCACUAUAAAAGUUACAAUUUCAAAAUGAAAUCUAUUGUGGAGACAUUUUUAUCUUCAUAUGAAGGAGGAGGCUUCUGUGGCAACAGAUUUGUUGCUGUGUCACCCAGAAGAGCAAAAUGUUCUGGACAAAUAUGGAUGUGUAUGCUUAAUUAAUCGAAAUACUUAGCACUCACCACUUAAACGGGAAGAAAUCAAUUGGUUUUACAUCUAUUCGAAUGUAUUCUUUUAUGUUAUAUACGUAUUUGUUUCAACUGAUUUUAGAGAUAGUAUAAUCGUAUACAAUCGCAGACGAUGAAAUAAAACAAUUUUAGUACAACCAUAUAUAAGCACCAAACACUCUUUUUUCUUUUCCACACGCUGUGCCUACUAAAUCAACGUCUCUACUAUUAGGGAAUCACAAAAAAUUAAAGGCAAAUGGCUCUUCCUAAACUUGUAAUAAUAAAGUGAUAAUUAAGGUGAAGUUGGGACCUCCAAGGACUUAGUGCUCCAUUUGCCAUCUCUCAAGACAUGAUUAGACACAUAGUAAUGAUGAAAGUGUCAAUUAAAAAGAUAUGCCUUCUCUAUUUGUUGAUUGCCUUGGAGUCAUAAAACACCAUUUUUAAGUACCAUAUUUCUCUAUUGUUCAAUCAUUAUUGCUUUUGGGUGUUUUUGUUAAUGCUCAUAUAGCCAUACGUAGUGUUAUUAUAUAGCCUGAAAUUUAGCAGAACGAUACUUUACUAAGCAUGACAAAAGAAAAGUAUUGGUUCGCCAUGCCAAUUAGCACUUGUUUUUCAUCUCCAUUAUUUCUUGAGCCAAAGGAUAUAUCACAGUAAGCUACAGUAACAAUAUAAUCUCAUGAGUGAGGUCUAAAGAGGGUGAUGUGUACUCAGACCUUAUUCCUAUCUUAUGAAGAUAAAAUAUUUUCGUAAAGUCUCAGCUCAAGUAAAGCAUUUCAAAGCAUGUGUGAAAAAGGAAUAUGUCACUUUAAACAAACUACAGUUGAAUCAUUUUGGGUUAAGUACCACUUUUGGAAAACCAAAAGAAAAAAAAAAGCCACUUCGAACAAUCGUCAUAAGAAAUUCAAUUCCAUCUUUCACCACUUAGCUUAAAAUGUAUAAGAAAAAGCAAAUUGCCCCUUUGAUCAUCUAGUGCUUCACACACCAUAUAUUUUAACAGUUUUUUGAACUUCAAAAAUAGGAUUAUAACUCGAGGGUCCCUAUUUGUUAGUCAUGAUGAAGCCCGCCGUUCAAGAACUGAUCUUUUAAACCCUUUUAUGUAAAAAGAAGAAAGACAAAGGGAAGUUGGAGACAAAGUUUAUAUGAACUUUAAAACUGGGACCUCUCCAUAUCCAGUUUUAGAAUAUAUGUAUUGUAGUCUCACUUAAUUCAGCUUCUUUUUUGAAUUUUUAAGAUUUCAAAUGACCUUUGAACUUUACUGUGGUCGCUUGGUUGGGAACAAAUUAUCCCGGGAUUAAUUAUCCCAGACAAAUUGUCCUGGGAUAAGUUAUUCCAUAUACACUAAGGUAUAAAUGGUGGAAUAAAUAAUCCGAAGACUGCCUAAUAUCUCCAACCAGGAUAAAUUAUUAUAUCUAAUACCUCACCACUAUUAUAUAUAUCAUACUGCUUCCUACAACUUGUAUACUAUGUUAACUUUCUUCGGUAUCAGAAGAUUGAUCACAAAUUUUGUACUAGUUAAUAACUCACUGAUCUCCUCUUUUUGAAUGAUUAUAAUGGAGACGGUGAGCUCUUGUGGUGUUAAAUGUAAAUCAAACAGGUUGGAAGGGAUCGAUGAAGACAGUGCAACAAAUUGGCUACCAGGGGCAUGCCCUCCACCAGAAACUCCUACUGAGUCUAUGGAGUUCCUUGCAAGAUCAUGGAGUCUGUCAGCUAAGGAACUCUCUAAAGCUCUUUCUCACACAAAACAAACAAGUUAUGUAGAUGAGAAGAUGUCAUUCUCUUCAUUACAAGGGCAACAUGGAAAGACUUCGAUUAUAGAGGAAUCUCAAGAACAACCACUACCCAACUCUGAUAGCCCUCCAGUUUCUCCAAGGGGAAGUGAUGACACAAAGGAAUUGUUUUUACUACAUCAGGCACUCAAUUCAGAUUUCCUCUCCAGUCAUCAAUUGCUGAAAGCUGGGCUCUACAGGACCGUGAUGCGUGGCAAGACAAUGGGUAGGUGGCUGAAAGAUCAAAAAGAAAAGAAAAAACAAGAGCUUAGAACUCACAGUGCCCAGGUGCAUGCAGCAAUUUCAGUAGCGGGGGUUGCAGCUGCAGUGGCUGCUCUUGCAACCUUAUCAGUAACUUCUCCAGAGCAGUCCAUAACCAAACACAACACGUCUUCAAAGAUGUCAACUGCAAUUGCCUCUGCAGCAGCUUUAGUUGCAUCCCACUGUAUUGAAAUUGCAGAGGAUAUGGGUGCUGAGCAGGAUCAAAUCUUAUCAGUUGUAAAUUCAGCUAUCAAUGCAAGAACUAGUGGAGACAUCAUGACUCUAACAGCUGGGGCUGCUACAGCAUUGAGAGGUGCAGCUACUCUAAGGGCAAGGCUACAGAAAGGAAAUGGAGCUGCAGCUGUUGCUCUAGCUGAUGAGUGUGUCGAAGGUAACAAAGAAGCAACUGUUACAGCAGCUCUUAGUUUUGUUGCCAAAGGGGGAGAACUGCUCAAACGUACAAGAAAAGGAGAUCUACACUGGAAACAAGUCUCUUUCACCAUAAACUCAGAUUGGCAGGUGAUAGCUAAAAUGAAAAGCAAGCAUAUGGCAGGAACAUUCACAAAGAAAAAGGAAUGUGUGGUCUCUGGAGUCUGUUGUGACGUACCAGCAUGGCUUGGACGAGACGAGGAACAUGACGAGCAGAAGUGCUACUUCGGGAUACAAACUGCUGACAGGAUGAUUGAAUUUGAAUGCAGAAACAAAGGGGAGAAACAAAUGUGGGUGGAUGGGAUUCAACAAAUCUUGUGCUGCCGCAUGACCAUGACAUGACUUUGGACGAACAUUCCAGAAGAGAACAAAACAGUAGUUUUUAAAGCAAUUGACAAUGUGUGACUUCCAAACUCUAAAAUGCAGCAUCAAAUCAGAGAAGCAAUGGAUUGAUUUAAGCUAGUACAUCUGUAUAGGGAUAGAUUACAUAUUUGAAAAUGGCAAUACAAUGAGCCAUUCAUGGUUGUUUUUAUAUAAGUAAAGCUAUCCAUGGUUCAUGCCGGAAAUAGAUUAUCUGGAUGAUAUCACCGGAAAAAUUGUGACAAAUUAUUCAGAAACCUACUAGAGGAUUGA